AUGUCUGCCAGCGGCGCUUCUGCUCCCAUGAGGGGAAGUAGCUUCGCGAAGAGGCCUCAGAGCUUCCCUGUCCGCAUCACUGGUGCCGUGCCUCAGCCUAUCGUCGUGCAGGGUGGCAGCUGGUCGCGUGCAUCCCGGGGCAAGCGCACUUGCACGACGGUUAAGAGCCUAACGGAGAUUCCGACCUGGCAAUUGCGCCACGCUCAGCAACAGGAGGGUGCCGUGGCGGGACUUCAGCUUCCGAAGCAUCCGGAGGAAAGCCUCACGCGUUUCACACCCACCUUUGAGCCGAAGGCACAGUCUAGCCUUCCCCUUCCGGGGAGGGACAUCCACGGGAGAACUGCUGUUUCUUCUGUUUUGUCUUACAUUCACGGCAAGGGCCACGCAGACAACGACAAUCAUCCCAGGCGUGUCCCUCAGCCCGCGAUGACGAAGCGGCAGGAAGGAUUUAUGUACACCAAGAACUCUGACUACGUGGAUGGGUACAAGCCCACUCAUACGGUCAAAGGUGAGAUGACCUCGACAGCAACAGUCUCUUUGACCUCUGCCAAACCAAGCAAACUCGGCCGCACCUCUUCGAUACUCCUAACGCCUUCCAAAGAGACCAAGCGACGCAAACUGGACGGGAACCCGGAAGGCUCGUCAAAUGCAGCUUCCGUGCAGCGUUCGCCCACUAGAGACGAUGCAAGCGGCUCGGCCACGGCGGCGCCAUCGCCUGCUGAGAUAUGGCGGUGGACGCUAACAAGGGAAGCCAUGGCGCAGUGCUUCGUGCAGGAUGUGUGGGAUAUGAAGGAUAGCGGGCUGAAGGAGGCGGAAUACUUCUGGCUCGGCCGUAUACCAUGCCGCACAGUGGAACUGCUAGGAGUGUUGGUUGGCAUACAAGCGUUCGAGCAACGGAUAGUCUAUACCUUGGACGACGGAUCGGCCGUCAUAGACUGCAACCAUAAAAUGCAGCCUCAAAUGAUGUCCCCACGCAAGACAAGUACUUCCGAUCCCAGGGCCGGGCGUACCCGACAACCAUCGAACUCGGGUACCGCCUACACGUCGCCACGGAAAGGAUCUCGACCAUCAACUUCGAAGCCGCCCUCCUUACCACCUCCACCUAAACCUGUCGCCGACAUAGGCACACCUGUGCGACUCACUGGCAGAGUGGUCCAUACUUCGAAAGGACGGCAAGUACUUGUCGACGAGAUCCGGCCAUGCUCCUCGCCAAAUGACGAACCGAACCACUGGAUCGCCGUACUCGAGCUCCAUCGCACGCGAUACUUUGCUGAACACCUCGGUCCGUUCGUGGUCCCUCCGCUCAAGAAACGCGCCCAGCCUGCGUGGAUCCCAAAGAGUCCGGAGAAGGCUAAGGGAAAAGCUAGGGCGACGGACACAUCCAUCUCACCGGGCAAGUCUGUAAGGAUGGACACGGGUGCCGUCGAGCCCCACACACCCUCUUCGUCGGGCUUGGCGUCGACGGAUGGCUCGCCCGUGUCGUCGAGCUCGAGGCAUAGUCUCAGACAGUCUCCAAUUCGUCUUCGGCAUCCAACGAGACUGCACAGGCGCGAACUGACUGCCAAUACCUUCCGCAUCUACCUCAAGCACUAUAUGGAUAACGCGCCUCCACCCAGUGUACUUGACUCGGACUCGGCUGCCAGUUCCCGCUCGGCGUCACCCACGCCCCAUUCGCGGAGUCAGCCGACUGGUGCCCUCGGACUAGCUAUGCGCAAGGGACCGCACACCUCGCGCGGGCAAAGCUCCCGCCCAUAUUCCGCUCCACGAGAACCGGAAGACCUAAGUGGGAAUGUGCUGCACGGUUUCACCCUGUCCCACCUACGGCGCGUCUCCGAGCUCAUGAUCAUGGCACGGCGAGUGGUCGACGAAGAAGGCCGACGCCGCGCCAAAGAAGAGCGAGAGCAGGCCAGAUCUGGAAUUGCACAGGCCAAAGGCAAACGACCUGCUCGGCCGUCCGAGCCCAAGGCCAAGAAGAUCAAGCGGCUCUUCCAGUUCGCCAUCCGGCAGCUGUACGAGGAGGGCAGCAUCGUGCUGUGGGACGGGCCCGUCCGGCCGCUCCCGCGCGAGGACACGAGCGCGACGCAGCUCUCGGGCCGCUCUGGAAAGCGAACUCGAGCACCGCGUCUGCGAUGUGCUCGCGGCAUCGUCGAGCGUGCCAUCACGGAGUUCGUCGCAGCGGCAGCGGCGAGGUCGAAGCACCGUGGACGGCCGCGGGCGGACGACCCUACGGCGCCAUUCGCGCCACCUGCGCCUCCGCCUGGCCCGACGCCUGCUGAGAUUGUAGCGUGGCUGCAUCGCGACACGCGCUGGGCGCGUGUGGGGGAGUGGGCGGUCAAGGACGCGCUGGAGUGGGCGAGAGCGGAAGGAAGGGUGUGGUGUAUUGGACACGGGAGAUGGGAGCUGUGUGGUUGA